AUGAUGCAAACCACACCAAAACCCACCCGCGAUGGAGCCGCUGUGUAUAGUCCCUUUGUUUUAUCUUUAUAUGACAUCUGGGUUCUGGCAAUAUGCAACUCAUUUGUCUGGUGUUGCGCGACAACAAACAUUCAACUCCCAUUCUUCAAGAAGUUCAUGGGCACCCGACAUCUAGACAUCGGUCUCGGAACAGGUUAUUAUCCUGCCAAUGCCGAAAUCCCCGAAAAAACACAAAUGACACUGAUGGAUUUGAAUCCAAAUUCUUUGAAGUACACCAAGGAGCGUCUAGGUAGACCUGAUACUCGGACUAUCCAGGCGGACGUUUUGCAGCCCCUGCCGUUAACAGGUGUCUAUGAUUCUGUGUCAAUUUUCUUCCUUGUUCAUUGUCUGCCUGGCCCUGUGGAAAACAAGAUGGCGCUUUUCACGAACUUGAAACCGUAUCUUGCUGAGAAUGGCAAGAUUUAUGGCACGACAGUCCUUGGGAAGGAUGUGUCGCAUAAUUGGUUUGGGUGGAUUUUGAUGUUUCUUUAUAACUGGCAGGGAAUAUUCAGUAACUGGGAUGAUGGUGAGAAGGAGAUUCGGGAGGCUCUGUGUAGGGACUAUAUGAAUGUUGAGACGAGGGUCGUGGGGCGUGUUUUGAUGUUUGUAGCUUCACAGCCUAGGCUGUUGUGA